CCCGGCGCCAGAAGGAAGCGUUCUCGGUGAUCCCAGCGGCUGCGCUGGGGUAUGCGGUACCGGCUUGCGUGGCUGCUGCACCCCGCGCUGCCCAGCACCUUCCGCUCCAUCCUCGGUGCCCGCCUGCUGCCCUCGGAGCGCCUCUGCGGUUUCCAAAAAAAGACUUACAGCAAAAUGAAUAAUUCAGCUAUCAAGAGAAUAGGAAAUAAUAUUAUCAAGUCUCCCGAAGACAAGCGAGAAUACCGUGGGCUAGAGCUGGCCAAUGGAAUCAAAGUGCUUCUCAUCAGUGAUCCCACCACAGAUAAGUCAUCAGCUGCACUUGAUGUACAUAUAGGUUCAUUGUCAGAUCCUCCAAAUAUUGCUGGUUUAAGUCAUUUUUGUGAACACAUGCUGUUUUUGGGAACAAAGAAAUACCCUAAAGAAAAUGAAUACAGCCAGUUUCUCAGUGAGCAUGCAGGAAGUUCAAAUGCCUUUACUAGUGGAGAGCAUACCAACUACUAUUUUGAUGUUUCCCAUGAACACUUAGAAGGUGCCCUUGAUAGGUUUGCACAGUUUUUCCUGUGCCCCUUGUUUGAUGAAAGUUGCAAAGACAGAGAGGUGAACGCAGUUGAUUCGGAACACGAGAAGAAUGUGAUGAAUGAUGCCUGGAGACUCUUUCAGCUUGAAAAAGCUACCGGGAAUCCCAAGCACCCUUUCAGCAAAUUUGGGACAGGUAACAAAUACACUCUAGAGACUCGACCAAACCAAGAAGGCAUUGAUGUAAGACAAGAGCUGCUGAAAUUCCAUUCUACUUAUUAUUCAUCCAACUUAAUGGCUAUUUGUGUUUUAGGUCGAGAAUCUUUAGAUGACUUGACUAAUCUGGUGGUAAAGUUGUUUUCUGAAGUAGAAAACAAAAAUGUCCCAUUACCAGAAUUUCCUGAACACCCUUUCCAGGAAGAACAUCUUAGACAACUUUACAAAAUAGUACCUAUUAAGGACAUUAGGAAUCUUUAUGUGACAUUUCCCAUACCCGACCUUCAGCAAUACUACAAAUCAAAUCCUGGUCACUAUCUUGGUCAUCUCAUUGGGCAUGAAGGUCCUGGAAGUCUGUUAUCAGAACUUAAAUCAAAGGGCUGGGUAAAUACUCUUGUCGGUGGGCAGAAGGAAGGAGCACGAGGUUUUAUGUUUUUUAUCAUUAAUGUGGACUUGACUGAGGAAGGAUUAUUACAUGUUGAAGAUAUAAUUUUGCACAUGUUUCAAUACAUUCAGAAGUUACGUGCAGAAGGACCUCAAGAAUGGGUUUUCCAAGAGUGCAAGGACUUGAAUGCUGUUGCUUUUAGGUUUAAAGAUAAAGAGAGGCCACGAGACUAUACAUCCAAAAUUGCAGGAAUAUUGCAUUAUUAUCCUCUAGAAGAAGUACUCACAGCUGCAUAUUUGCUGGAAGAAUUUAGACCUGACUUAAUAGAAAUGGUUCUCAAUAAACUCAGACCAGAAAAUGUCCGAGUUGCAAUAGUGUCCAAAUCUUUUGAAGGAAAAACUGAUCGCACGGAAGAGUGGUAUGGAACUCAGUACAAGCAAGAAGCUAUACCAGAUGAAGUCAUUAAGAAAUGGCAAAAUGCUGACCUAAAUGGAAAGUUCAAGCUUCCAACGAAGAAUGAAUUUAUUCCUACGAAUUUUGAGAUUUUAGCAUUAGAAAAAGAGGCAACACCAUACCCUGCUCUCAUUAAGGAUACAGCUAUGAGCAAGCUCUGGUUCAAACAAGAUGAUAAGUUUUUCUUGCCAAAGGCUUGUCUCAACUUUGAAUUUUUCAGCCCAUUUGCUUAUGUGGACCCCUUGCACUGUAACAUGGCCUAUUUGUACCUUGAGCUCCUCAAAGACUCGCUCAACGAGUAUGCAUAUGCAGCAGAACUAGCAGGCUUGAGCUAUGACCUCCAAAAUACCAUCUAUGGGAUGUAUCUCUCAGUGAAAGGUUACAAUGAUAAGCAGCCAAUUUUGCUAAAGAAGAUUACUGAGAAAAUGGCUACCUUUGAGAUUGACGAAAAAAGAUUUGAAAUUAUCAAAGAGGCAUACAUGCGAUCUCUUAACAAUUUCCGGGCUGAGCAGCCUCACCAGCACGCCAUGUACUACCUCCGCUUGUUGAUGACUGAAGUGGCUUGGACUAAAGAUGAAUUAAAAGAAGCCCUGGAUGAUGUCACCCUUCCUCGCCUUAAGGCCUUCAUCCCUCAGCUCCUGUCGCGGCUGCACAUUGAAGCCCUCCUCCAUGGAAACAUAACAAAGCAGGCUGCAUUAAGUAUUAUGCAAAUGGUUGAAGACACCCUUAUUGAAUAUGCUCAUACCAAACCUCUCCUUCCGAGUCAGCUGGUUCGGUAUAGAGAAGUUCAGCUCCCUGACAGAGGAUGGUUUGUUUACCAGCAGAGGAAUGAAGUUCACAACAACUGUGGCAUCGAGAUAUACUACCAGACCGACAUGCAGAGCACUUCGGAGAAUAUGUUUCUGGAGCUCUUCUGUCAGAUUAUCUCCGAGCCUUGCUUCAACACCCUGCGCACCAAGGAGCAGCUGGGAUAUAUCGUCUUCAGUGGCCCGCGUCGAGCCAAUGGCAUCCAAGGCUUGAGAUUCAUCAUCCAGUCGGAAAAGCCACCUCACUACCUGGAGAGCAGAGUUGAGGCUUUUUUAAUUACCAUGGAAAAGUCCAUAGAGGAUAUGACAGAAGAGGCCUUUCAGAAACACAUUCAAGCAUUAGCAAUUCGUCGACUAGACAAACCAAAGAAACUGUCUGCAGAGUGUGCUAAAUACUGGGGAGAAAUCAUCUCCCAGCAAUACAAUUUUGACAGAGAUAACAUAGAAGUUGCAUAUUUAAAGACACUUACCAAGGACGAUAUCAUCAAAUUUUACAAGGAAAUGUUGGCAGUAGAUGCUCCAAGGAGACACAAGGUGUCUGUCCAUGUUCUUGCCAGGGAAAUGGAUUCUUGUCCUGUUGUUGGAGAGUUCCCGUGUCAAAAUGAUAUAAACUUGUCACAAGCACCAGCCUUGCCACAAUUCUAGAGAAACAGUCCAGUGGCCAGUUCUCAGCCUACCUCUCAACAUCUGAUGUGACAAGGUUGUGUGCUUUUGUUGUUCCUCGGGCAGAAACCUGUGAAUUCUAAUGUAUUUUCUUUGAGCAUAUCUGGGUAACAGUGAUUUAGUUAAAUAAAUGGCUCCAUCUCACUCUCCUUCAAAUAGGUAACUUCUGUAAAACAGCAGCCUUGGUAUUUGGGACUGAAUUACUGGUGCAGUAUCACUGACCCCAAACCCGGGAAGAUAUUUGCCCCUGAUCUUACUUGAAAAAAAAAAAAAUGUAAAGGCUAGGAAAACAAACUACUUCCCUCCUCUACAGUCAGUGUUUCUGUCUUCUUGCCACAUCUGCGGCCACAGGUGAGGCAGCUAUCUUGUCCAGCCGCUGGCUUCUGACUGCCUGUCCACGCAUGCCUUCUGUUCAUGGCUGGCUCCAGGAGGCAUUUCAACAGGAAAUCGGCUGGGACCUCAGCUUCCCACCUAGGACAGUGGUCCAGCUCACACAGUCGGCCCUGUGUUCAGCGAGGAUGCAGCAGCCCCAUCAGAGGCCAAGAGCAACCCGGGGUUUUAUAGCUUGGGGCAGUUUCCUUUCUCUUACAGCACUGCGGGGAGCUGAUUGGUCCCUUCCUCAUAUUCUGUAAUCCAGCAUCCGGGGAUGCUUGUGACAAAACCAAGGAUUCUCACAUACUUAUCUUCCUUUUGUAGGGGUGAUUUCUGCCCUUAAUGCUUCCCUGGCCAGCCCUCGGAUUCCGUGCCACCAUGAAGUUCAUUGUUCUUACUUGUUCAAACACUUGUAUUCUCCACGAUUUGUGGUGGCAAAGCUUACUGGUAGUGCUGAAUUGUGGCUUUUCUUGAACGUAACUCUCCAGUGGGAUGGCAGCAUUUUGAACAGCCAGUACUCUUCAGUUGACACUAACAGCUAAAAUAAAGCACUGGAAAGAUCAGAGACCACCCUCAGAGAUGUCAUCUGGUGGGCUGCCACAGUAAUCUUCUGACUGUGGAGGAUGGUGAUCACAAUUUUUGUCUUCAUCCUGGAGUUUGGAGGUGGAAAUAGUUUCUAAAAAUCUGACCAGUUUGCCCAGGAGCCUGCAGGAAGCACAGAUUCAAACCUGCACUCAGAUCUUCAGACUGUGGCUCUCACUGGGCCCUCUGGAGUUCCUGUAAUGAAAGCCUCCAAGGCCGUUAAGUGUACUUGGGAAACAGGUGGCAGGGCAGCUGCUUUUCAUUUGUGAUGUCACUUCAUCUUCCGGGCACCAUCUUACUUGAUCUCCCAGCUUGUACCUAUUUGGGAGGGUAUGAGACCAGAUGUCACAGUCUGGGCUCCUCCAAGCCACCGUUGAGUCCACUUUGCUGGGCUGCCUGGUGGCCAGUGAUUACCACUGCCUGCAGGAUCUCCCUUCCUGACCCAUACCCUGCGGCCUGGUAAGGCCUUAAUCAAUGUAAGCUGUCCUUCCUGUCACCCCUGGAGUAGGGGGAAGUAUCUAGAAUCCUUUUAGUGAUUAAAAAGAAGAGUGAAAUGUCAGGUUCACCUGUCACUCUAUCCCUCCUCUGAGACAGGAGAGUCCUCUGGACAGUGCUGUUGGCAUUGUGUUUCUUUGUAGUCUUUUUCCUGCUCAUAUAGAAAAAGGCUACAUAUUCAGUGUUGUAACUUUUAUCCUCAAUAGUCUGUAUACUGAGCAGUUUCCACAUGAAGACACUUGGUAAAAGUGUGAUAUUUCUGCUGUUGGAUGUUUAGUACCAUAUCGUAAUGCAGUUUGUUUAUUGAAUCUACUUUAGGGGAUAUUUAGGAUUUUCAAGCUCUGAUCUGUGAUAAUCUUCCUUGUGGAGAGUAUGUAUGUGAUUUUUCUAUAAAUCACUGGGUUGGCUAAUAUGAAUAUAUUAUUUGACUUUCUAUUUUGAAAAGUGUUAAAUAUUUAGAAAAGUUGUUAAAAUAAUGCAGUGAAUUCCCAUUACCCUCCAGUCUGUAUUCACCAGUUUUAUGUCUGUUUCACAUCCCUUUCUCCCUCUGUGUGUCUCAUGUGUUUGCCUAAUCCUUUGAGAGUAAGUUGCAGAUGUCAUUAUACCUUACCCAUAAAUAAUGCAGUGGAGAAUCUUCUGGAGAAAUUUGGCCUCACCAAAGGGAGGUGUGGCUUUUGUCCCCUUUGUCAUUAUGCCAGACAACUAUAUAUCAGCAAGAUGGGCGGCCUAGGUCUGAUGAGUACAUCCACUGAAAGAUAGAUUGCUGAAACAGACUUCAAAAUACAUGGAUAUUUCCUUAUCUGUUAAAUUAAAUUCAGGGGCAAGCCUUUGGCCUAGCAAGGAUAAGAUGCCAGUUAGUCGCUCAUGUCCCAUAUCAAGCUUGAGUUUGAUCUCUGGCUCCUAAUUCCAACUUCCUGUUAACGCAGACCCUGGGAAGCAGUAAUGAUAGCUCACAGUGUGGGGAUUCCUGCUACUACAUACAUGGGAGAUCUGGCUUGAGUUCUCAGCUCCUAGCUUGUUGCAGGUAUUAAAGGAGUAAACCAGCAGGUGGGAGCUGUCUCUCUCUGUCUGCCAGGAAAGUAGGUAGGUAGGUAGGUAGGUAGAUACUGAAUUUAUAAUUAAAACUCUUCCCACAAAGAAAAUUCCAGGUCCAGAUAGUUUCAUGCCUUAAGGAGGAAAUCAUACAUGACAUUUUAAAAAAUGGGGAUGGAAUGGGGCCAACAAGUUAAGCUGCUGUCUGCAGUACUGGCGUCCCAUAUGGGUGCCAGUUCAAGUUCUAGCUGCUCCAGUUCCAAUCCAGCUCCCUCCUGAUGUGCCUGAGAAGGCAGCAAAAGAUAGUCCAAAUACUUGGGCCCCCACACCCACGUGGGGCACGUGGAUUGAGUUCCUGGCUCCUGACUUCAGCUUGUCCAAGCCCUGGCUGUUGUGGCCAUUUGAGGAAGUGAACCGUGGAUAGGAGUUUCUCUUUCUCUUUCUCUUUAAAAACCAGAUCUCCCCAGGUGGGCACUGUGGUACAAUGGGUUAAGCUACCACUUGGGAUGCCUGCAUUCUGUAUCAAAGUGCUGGUUUAAGUCCCCACUGCUCUGCUUCUGAUCCAGCUCCCUGCUAAUGCACCUGAGAAAGUAUCAGAUGGUGGCUCAAGUGCUUGAGUCCCUGCUACCCACAUGAGAGACCUGAAUGGAAAGUGUUUUUGCAACAAAAUUUUUCUUUUUUUAAUGUGAAAGAAAGAGACCUUCCAUCCACUUGUUCAUUCUUCAAAUGCCCAUAACAGCCAGGGCUGUGCCAGGCAAAAGCCAGGAGCCUGGGAUUCCAUCCAGAUCUCCCACAUGGGGGCAGGGACUUGACCAUCACCUGCUGCCUCCCAGGAUGUGCGUUUUCAGGAACCUGGGAUCAGAAGCAGAGCUGGGACUCAAACCCAGUCACUUCCAUGUGGGAUGCUGGUGUCUCAGGUGGUGCCAAACGCUGCAUCACACACCUGCCCCAAAACUUACCAUUUAAUUCUGUUUUCCACAAACUUUUGAAAGUGCCUCAAGUAUAAGAAUAUAUAGUGAAGUCUAAAAAUUACAGUAGGGCAACUCAAGAAUUUGGUGAAAGAAUAGAUGUUUCACUAAAGAAGAUACAGGCAGUCAGCAGUUAGUGUCCAAUUGAGAUACUGAAGACCCUUGGUUAUCACAGAAGUACAAAGUAAAGCCACAAUGAGAGGUAAAACUAGUCAGAGGUGGUGUUUGGCCUAGAGGGUAAGAUGCCUGCCCCCAUAUUGGAGUGAGUGCCUGGGUUUCUUACCUGGGUCCGUCCCUGACUCCAGCUUCCUGCUGAUGUAGGUCCGAGGAGGCAGCUCCAGCAAUUGGGCUCUGGGCAGCCAUGUGGGAGGCUGAAUUGUGUUCCCAGCUACAGCUUUGGCUGCAGGCUGUCUGGAGAGGAAGCAAGCAGAUGAGAGUUUGCUCUCUGAGUCUCUCUGACUCUCCAGUAAGUAAUUUUUAAAAAACAUUUACAUAUUGUUAGGAGAGAAGAUCAGCAGUUGUCUGCAGUCUGGUUCUGGGGCAUGGGACCGAAAGACCUGAGAUAACUUUUUAGGAAAAUGCAAAUGUUCUAUAUCAUAAAAAUCAAAAGCUGGGAAAAUAUUUUAAGAGCCAAAAUGAGAUACCGUCUCAUGCAGACUAUCAUAGCUAUAAAAUUGGAAAUACUGAGGCUACCAAGUACAAGCUUCUUGCAUUUUUCAGUUAUUUUAGGUUUCUGUUCCAUCUGUAGAGCUGGAGCACUUGUUCUGUACUGUAGCUGGAGAGCAUAUUUUGGAGAAUCUUUCAGGGGCAUCUUUUACUUAGUGUUCUAAUAAAGCACAUUUUCAUGAACUUUUUUGGAGUACCCUGGUAUGCGUUGUGUAUUAUGUCUAUGAAAAAUUAUAUUUGUGAGAUUUACCUAUUUGUUGUGUAAGUAGCUAUAGUUUUUUCCAGUUUUACUAAAGUAUUCCAUCAUAUGAGAAUAUCAUGAUUUAUCCAUUCUGUGUAAAAGCAUAUAGGUUCCCACUUCUGAGUUAUUUAGAAAUAAAGCUGCUAUAAA